UCUGACGGCGUGGGAUCUGAACCAACAGAUUAUUCAACGCUUGCACAACUGAAAUGAGCUGUUUUGACGUUUUAUGAACUGGAAGAGUUUAGUGUCUGCGGCUGGCGAACUAGUGUUCUCAUACUAAUGCAAACUGGUUAAGAUGUCAUUAUGGGUGGCACCUUUGGGACGAGGUGUGGACUGCCUGCAGUCUUGCUUUGUCUGGCAGCUCUCCUCUGCGCCAAUCUGCUGCUGUAUUUCUACCUAGAUGCCCUGUAUCAGGACACUAACCCUCUCUCAGCACAUACGCAGUGCCCGCUUCGCCACUUUAAAGUGGGCACCAUGACCACCUGUACCCCUUGGCUUCAGUGCCUCGAAAUUCGUGCUGAGGUCCGCCGUGUGAAGCUCAUUGGACAAGGGGCUGUGAAGAAGGUUUAUCUGUCCGAGUGGCGAGGGCAGAAGGUGGCGCUCUCCAUCUUGUCAUCGGAGCAGUAUACAGAUGAUUUCCUCCAUGGACUGUCAAUGCUAUGUGUCUUGCAGAGCGCCCACGUCGUGACGCUUGUAGGGGCGUGUGAAGAGGAUGGUGUGUUUGUUACAGAGUAUCACCCUCUAGGAUCAGCACUGACGCUCGAUGCCACCCUCGCGCAAGACCGAUAUCGCUGGCGAAACUCCUGGCAUACACGACUACAGCUGGCCAUAGACUACGUCGCCUUCCUGGCGUACCUGCACAGCAGUCCGGUGGGCAUCCGAGUCAUGUGUGACUCCAACGACCUGCACAAAACUCUCAGCCAGUUUCUGCUCGCAUCCGACAUGCGUCUGUUGGCCAACGACCUGGAUGCGCUGCCUGAGGUGGAGAGGGGACGUCGAGGGGUGAAGUGCGGUCACCAUGAGCUCACCGGGAACUUCGUUGCUCCUGAGCAGUUGUGGCCUUACGGCCAGGAUGUGCAGUUCUCAGAUGGAGCCAUGCCUGGUUACGAUGAAAAGACAGACAUCUGGAAGAUUCCAGAUGUGACACGUUUCCUAUUGGGGAAUGUCCUGGGAAGUGAUGUCAUCCAUUUUCACUUGUUUCAGAUCUACACAGAGUGUAAAAGGAAGGAGCCUCACAUGCGGCCGACGGCGCUUGAGGUCCUCAGUGUGUAUCGCUCUGUCUACGACAGCAUGAUAGAGAGUCAAUCACAGAGAGUUAGAGAUAUGUUGUAGAGCAUAAUGGUCAUUAAAGGGAUAGUGAAAAUUCUGUUCUCAUUUACUCCAAACCUGUAUGACUUUCUUUCUUCUGUGGAACAUAAAAGAAGAUAUUUUGAGAAAUGUCCUUAUAAUGGAAUUCAGUAGUGGUCACCAAAACUGUUUGGUCACAAACAUUCUUCUAAAUAUCGUUUUUUGUGUUCCACAGAAGAAAGUCAGUCAGUACAGGUUUGGAGUAAAUGAGAACAGAAUUUUCAUUUUUGUGUGAACUAUCCCUUUAAGUUGAAAAGAUAGCACUGCAGUGCAAUGGGUUUUGUCAUACUACAUUAAAGAAUAUGCAGCAAAUGUAUGACAGCAACAUCCAGCAGAGGAUGAGAUGCAGCAUCUCAGGGCUUCAGAUCUGAAUCCAGCUUUAAAUUCUUACUUAUGCUGAGUCUAACUAAGACAUUUUCUAUAACUAUACCUCAUAGAAGAUCUUCUCAGUUAAGUGAAUAGAGCUUACCUUACUGAUGCAGUGAUUGAAUAUGUGGCGUAAGUGUGGAUCUUAUUUUAAUAUUAAUAAGAUAUUGAUUAUUCUUAAAACGAACCUGCUUUGUGUUCUCUUUCAGUAUUUGGAAGCCUUUAAUAAAUCAUUUUCUCCAGAACGCUGAUUGUGUUGUCAGUAUAGCAUGAGAGGCGCUUUAGAAACGCUGCUUCUUGAAGCUUUGAAACACUGAUCUUUUGUUUCGAAU